UCUCUAGCGUCUUGAUACUUUCUAGCGAAAAAAAUUAAUUUCGCGCUCUUAUUGUUAUUUUACGUAAAUUAAUUGGCAACGGAGCGUGCGAAUGGCCGACGAAGAUGACGAGGUGUCACAGAGGAUGGCGGCGGCGCCCGUUCGCAAGCCGGAUGACGAGACGGCCUUUCUGGAGUACAUCGAAAUGGAGAACUUCAAGUCCUACCGCGGUCACAUAGUUGUGGGUCCCCUGAAGCAGUUCAACGCGGUUAUUGGGCCAAAUGGUUCCGGAAAGUCGAACUUCAUGGAUGCCAUCAGUUUCGUGAUGGGCGAAAAGACCAGCAGUCUACGUGUAAAGCGACUCAACGACUUGAUUCACGGUUCUUCCAUUGGCAAGCCCAUUUCCCGCAGCUGCUAUGUGACGGCCAAGUUUGUGCUCAAUCAGGACCUGCACAUGGAUUUCCAGCGGGCGGUCAUAAGCGGCUCCUCGGAAUACCGCAUCAACGGAGAGAGCGUCUCGAGCAGCACUUACCUGAACAAGCUGGAAAAGAUCGGUAUCAAUGUCAAGGCCAAGAACUUCCUGGUGUUUCAGGGUGCUGUAGAAAACAUUGCCAUGAAGACACCCAAAGAACGCACGGCUCUUUUUGAGGAAAUCAGCGGCUCUGGCCUGCUCAAGGAUGAUUACAACCGAUUAAAGCAGGAAAUGAUUGUGGCAGAGGAGGAGACGCAGUUCACCUACCAAAAGAAGAAGGGCAUUGCGGCGGAACGCAAAGAGGCCAAGCACGAGAAAAUGGAAGCCGAUCGCUAUACUCGCCUCCAAAACGAAUACAAUGAGAAACAAGUGGAGUAUCAGCUGUUCAGGCUCUUCCACGUCGAGAGAGACAUUCGCAAGUUUACCAGUGAUUUGGAAGUGAGACAGCAAGAGGUUAAGGCUGUGGAACAGCGCAAAGAAGCCGCCGAUGAAAUCCUUCGCGAGAAAAAGAAGGACGCUGGAAAGAUAACGCGGGACCUGGCUAAAAUCGAUCAGGAAAUACGGGAGUUUGAAACACAGAUGAACAAACGCCGGCCGUUAUACAUCAAAGCAAAGGAGAAGGUUACCCACUGCAAAAAGAAGCUCGCUUCGCUGCAAAAGACUCUGGAGACAGCCCGCGAGGCAGACAAUGCCCACCAGUCAGAUAUACGAAAGCUUGAGAAACAGCUGGCCGAUGUUGAGGCUCUAAAAAAAAGGUUUGAGGAUGAGAUCGAGAAUGAAUCGCAGCGCCGGGGAAAGAGUGUCAACAUGGAGGAAGGCCUAGUGCAGGAGUACGAUCGUCUUAAGCAGGAAGCGGAGGCCACAGCGACUCAGUACCGUUCCGAGCUGGACUCGGUUAACCGGGAGCAGAAGUCCGAACAGGACACGCUCGAUGGCGAGACAAAUCGUCGUGCCUCCGUUGAGGAAUCCUUCAAGAAACUCACUCUGCAGCGUGAGGAAGCUGUGAAGCGUCGAGACAAACUGAUGGACCACAUAAAAUCCUCCCAGGCAGCUUUGGAGGAGCAGAACCGCAUCAAAGACGAGCUCCGUAGAGAUGUUGGUAGCUCGAAGGAGAAGAUUGCCGAAAAGCAACGCGAGCUGGAAAACGUGCGCGACCAACUAGGCGAUGCCAAGAGUGACAAGCACGAGGAUGCGCGGCGGAAAAAGAAGCAGGAGGUGGUUGAGCUGUUUAAGAAGCAGGUUCCCGGAGUGUACGACCGUAUGAUCAACAUGUGUCAGCCCACGCAUAAGCGCUAUAACGUCGCCGUCACCAAAGUGCUGGGAAAGUUCAUGGAAGCCAUUAUUGUGGAUACAGAGAAAACAGCGCGCCACUGCAUUCAGAUCUUGAAAGAGCAAAUGCUGGAAGUGGAAACCUUUUUGCCCUUGGAUUAUCUGCAAGUAAAGCCCCUGAAGGAGCGACUCCGCAACAUCAGCGAACCGCGCAAUGUGCGAUUGGUCUUCGAUGUGCUCAAGUUCGAGCCACAGGAGAUCGAACGAGCCGUUCUCUUUGCCACUGGCAACGCACUAGUCUGCGAAACUCCCGAGGACGCCAUGAAGGUGGCCUACGAGAUCGAUCGAUCGCGGUUUGAUGCUCUGGCUUUGGAUGGAACGUUCUACCAGAAAUCCGGCCUCAUAUCUGGCGGCAGUCAUGAUUUGGCGCGCAAAGCCAAACGUUGGGACGAGAAGCACAUGGCACAGCUAAAGAUGCAGAAGGAACGCCUCCAAGAAGAGCUUAAGGAACUUGUGAAGAAGUCUCGCAAACAAAGUGAGCUUGCCACUGUGGAGUCGCAGAUCAAGGGCCUGGAGAAUCGUCUCAAGUAUAGUAUGGUGGAUUUGGAGUCUUCCAAAAAGUCAAUUGCCCAGUAUGACAACCAGUUGCAAGGUGUUCAAACCCAGCUGGAUGAUUUUGGGCCCAAGAUCAGUGAGAUCGAGCGACGAAUGCAAAACCGCGAGGAGCACAUACAGGAGAUUAAAGAAAACAUGAACAACGUGGAGGACAAAGUAUAUGCGAAUUUCUGCCGUCGCUUGGGUGUAAAGAACAUCCGGCAGUAUGAGGAACGGGAGCUGGUCAUGCAGCAGGAGCGGGCACGCAAGCGGGCCGAGUUCGAGCAGCAGAUAGAUUCCAUAAACUCGCAGCUGGACUUCGAGAAGCAGAAGGACACAAAAAAGAACGUUGAGCGUUGGGAACGCAGCGUGCAGGAUGAGGAAGAUGCUCUGGAGGGACUCAAAACAGCUGAGGCGCGUUAUCUAAAGGAGAUCGAUGAGGACAAGGAGAAAAUGGAAAAGUUCAAGCAGGAUAAGCAGGCCAAGAAGCAAGCCGUGGACGACAUGGAGGAAGACAUAUCCAAAGCUCGCCGGGAUGUUGCGAACCUGGCCAAAGAAAUCCACAACGUGGGAAGCCAUUUGUCAUCGGUGGAGUCCAAGAUUGAAGCGAAGAAAAACGAACGCCAGAACAUUCUUUUGCAAGCGAAAACCGAUUGCAUAGUGGUACCUUUGUUGCGUGGCUCGCUGGACGAUGCAGUGCGACAAAGCGAUGCGGAUAUGGCCUCCACAUCUACGGCAAUGGAUAAUCUUAUUGAGGUGGAUUAUUCAUCACUACCACGAGAGUUUUCCAAGCUCAAGGAUGACUCCGCCUUCAAAAAAACCCAUGAAAUGCUUCAAAAGGAUCUGCAAAGUAAACUGGAUGUGCUGGAGCGCAUACAGACGCCGAACAUGAAAGCCCUGCAGAAACUUGAUGCCGUGACAGAAAAGGUGCAAUCUACCAACGAAGAGUUUGAGAAUGCGCGGAAAAAGGCUAAGAAGGCAAAGGCUGCUUUCGAGCGGGUUAAAAAUGAGCGCUCCUCCCGGUUCGUUGCCUGCUGUCAGCACAUAUCGGAUGCCAUCGAUGGCAUCUAUAAAAAGUUGGCUCGCAACGAGGCGGCACAGGCUUACAUCGGUCCCGAUAAUCCCGAAGAACCGUAUUUGGAUGGUAUUAACUACAAUUGUGUUGCGCCCGGCAAACGUUUCCAGCCCAUGAACAACUUGAGUGGCGGUGAAAAAACCAUCGCUGCCUUGGCUCUGCUCUUCUCCACUCACAGCUAUCAUCCAGCGCCAUUCUUUGUGCUCGACGAGAUAGAUGCAGCCUUGGACAACACAAAUAUUGGCAAAGUAGCUUCGUACAUAAGAGACCACACGACUAAUCUUCAGACCAUCGUAAUCUCCUUGAAGGAGGAGUUCUACGGCCAUGCCGAUGCCCUUGUGGGCAUUACCCCUGGGGAAGGCGAUUGUCUCGUAUCAAAUGUUUAUAUCAUGGACUUGACAUCGUUUGAGGACAUAUAAACAUUAGGAAUACAAUCGGAUUAACAUUAAACAUUAGAAGUAACUUUAAUGUAAAGCUCGAGCUUUUCAAUUUCCAAUAAAUAAACCCAGUAACUGUAUAAUCUCGUA